AUGACUGACCAAGAAAAGAGCAGUGAUGUUAGACUAAUAUAGGAUGGUUUAAAAAAUGUCUAAAAACAGAAGACCGGAUUAAAAUAGAUCAAUCUUGAUAAUCUGGUGUACAACAAGCGGGAACGUAAGCAAACUGGCGGUCCAGUACUUCAAGCUAUCCCACAAAUUUAAUAGAAAAAAGUCAUUUAGAAUAAGCAAAGUUAUAAAAAGAAGAAUGAACUGUAGACUCCUCCUCGUGAAGAAGUUCAGCAAGUUCAAGAACCAACUUUGAUCAAAUAAUAACCAAUAUCAUGCCAAUAAUUAGUCUUUGAAUCUGAUAAUUCAUCAGAUUUUGAUCCAAAAAUAAAAGCCAAGAAGUCCAAAAAGUUUAGAAGAACGCAUAAACGUUUGGAUAUUGAAGAUUCAUCAGAUGAAGAGUAGUAUAAACGAAGACUUAUUUUGAAACGAAUCUUAGCUUCAGGAAGUGAAUAAGAAAAUCUUGUCAAAGAACUAUUCAAAAAUGUUUAUGUGAAGAUCUUCUAAGGUACUAUAUGCACCUAUCUAAUAGACAUUCCCAUAUCGGUAGCAGAACUUAAAUAAAUAUCAAAUCCAGAAUACUCAACUGGGUAAGUCAGUGAUGGCAAAUAGUAAGAAGAAGAAAUGAAACCAGAAGAAGAGUAAAUUCGUAUUUUAACGGAAGAUGGAACAGAUUUUGAAACCAAAAGAAAUUUGAAAUUGUUGGGAAUUGAAAAUUAGGAAAUUCUAUCUAAACUGGGGGAAGUUAAGUCUUAUAUCAAUUGUGAUAUUCGAUAUUUUAAUUUAGACUUUUUGGUGGAAAAAGUUGGAGGCUUUGAUGUUGUUUUAAUGGAUCCACCUUGGAGAAUCAAAGGAGGAUAAUAAAAUGAUUCAUCUUUUAUGUUUACUAAUAGCAAAUUCUCACUUGAUUACAAUACCAUGAGUAAUUAAGAGAUUAUGGACAUCAAAAUUGAGAAAUUGAGUAAGAAAGGAUUUUUGUUUCUUUGGAUUCUCAAUACAUAACUAAACAUAGCAUAUGAGAUGGCUAGUAAAUGGGGAUAUGAGAUUGUUGAUCAAAUUAUUUGGGUUAAACUAAAUCCUUAAGGAAAUAAUGUGUAUCUUUCUACAGGGUACUAUUUUAUGCACUCUUUCGAAAUAUGUUUAGUUGGAUAUAAAUGUCCACCAGGGGAACAUGUGGAAUAUCAUUCUAAAAUAUCUAACAAUAUCAUUUUCAGUCCAGUAAGAAAUAAGUCAUAGAAGCCUAUUGAAAUGUAUGAAAUCAUUGAAUUAAUGAUGCCUGGAGCUAAAAAAGUUGAAAUCUUUGCUAGAAACAAUAAUCUAAGACAUGGAUGGUUUUCAAUAGGUAAUUAAUUGGGAGAAACCUAUUAAAAAUGGCUGGUGUAGAUAAGUUGUAAUGUCUGUGGCAUUGCAUUGCAACCAGGAAUAUGUAGAUACAAAUCAAAAAAGAUAGCCAAUUUUGAUAUUUGUUAAGAAUGCUAUAAUAAAAAGAUAAGCGAAAAAGAAUUUAAUGAAAAUGAAAUAUUCUUUUUGGCUAAUAAGGCUGAAGAAGAAGUGCUACAUUAAUAUCAUCAAUGUAAUAGAUGUGAUUAGAAUCCUAUUUGGGGUCCAAGAUUUGAAUGUAUCACUUGUGACAACUAUGAUUGUUGUGAAGCAUGUUUUGAUAAUCUACUCUAAUCAGGAGAUUUAUCUCAUAAGGAUCAUGAUUUCAAAGUCAUUGAAUUACCAACAUUUGCUGAAGGCAUACCAUGUCAUGAUGCAAAAUGUAAUGGAUGCUUUUAGAAACCUAUCUUAGGUGUUUAAUUUGUUUGUAAAUAGUGUACAAACUUUAGUUUAUGUUAAAAUUGUUUUUUUACAAGAACUUAAUCUGAAUUAAAUGGGACAAGACAUAAAGCAGAUCAUCGAUUUGAACCAAUCUAUGAAACUUAGAACUUCUCUAAGAAAACAUAUAAAUGUUAAGGAUGUGAAUUAGAAAAAGCAGGAUGUGUUUACAAAUGUGAAAAUUGUUUUGGAUUUUAUUUUUGUGAAGAAUGCUUUGCCCUUAAGAAAGAUGAUUGGAAAUGUUAUGUCGCUACAAGUCACAAAAAUUAUCAUACAUUUAUAAAGAUAUGA